AUGCUCAACGAUGGCCUACCCAUCGACUUCGCAAUGAUAUUUCAAGAUCCUAAAUGCGACCUCAUGCGUCCGUUGAAAGAUCCUCAGAAUCCCGCUUUGUACGGCAAGUAUCCUGGAAUCUCAGCAGGGGUUGACCGAUCACUGGGGCAGGAUGCUGAAGAGUCGGUGUCACUGGAAGCUGUGGAUUUGGACGAGGAAUACCUCUAUCGAAGAUUUGAUGGCAAGGAAGAACUUGAAGCUGAGAGGGCAAGUAGCCAGUGUCAGCCAUUUUAUUCAUCUUGGAUGGACGUGGAGGGGCGUAUUGUACACAAAAAAUCUGUCCUCCGUUGUUAUUUCGAUCGAUCCCUCGACGUUGACUACAACAAAAGUCAUGAUCGUCUACUUCGCAUUCGAUGUUUUUCCAUUGGUGGGGAUAGCUGGGAUCGCGCGAAGCCACGAAUUCAUGCAGGCCUCUCUGGUGAUGAAGUCUUCAAAUUGGGGUCGCUAUUUGCAACUUUGGUCUCGGUCAAUCACAAUAGCGUUGCGCUGGCAAUUCUGCAAUGCACACUCCUUAAAUCCGGCUCCGAACUCCUCAGCUGUGCUCCGUUGGAUGAAAUAGCGCUACCCGAUUCGCCGUAUGAGGUUUCCGGCCAAAUUCUCUCAUUUCUUCCUAUCAUCCGCAAAAGCAACAACGAUCCACAAGCUAUUACACUGUCGUGGGUUUGGAAUUCCCGAUAUGUUGCCUUAAACUCUGCAUCGAAGUCCCGUCAAAAGCAAACCCAAUCGACCAGCCUUCAUCAUUUAAAUAUCGUGGUAAAUGGUUCUUUGACGUACCCAUUGCACUCCUCCCAGUUUAUGUCAGUUCCAACCCCGCAGCUUGACCAGGCACUUCAAGAGGAAGUCGGGAACACAUGGCAAGUGGACGAGAAUGAUAUGUGUCGAAUGGAGCUCAGCCUUAGAAGGAAGAUUGAAGAUGACGAUGACUUGCGGUUGAAGAUCCCAGUUUUUGGAGUAGUCCGAGACAUGACGAGCACGCCGUUUCCGUACCAAGCAACAGAUGGUGCAACAUGGGUUAUCAACCAUUCGACAACUGAGAUUGUGGCACCUUCUGUGGGGAAAACAAUACAAGAAUGCGACAUCUGUGGAGAAAAAGUGUCCAACGAACUUCAGCAAAAUCACAUGGGUGGCCACAUUCUCCGAAGAUAUAGAGGCGUUCAACACGGUGAAGAGAAUCUGGCGGCAAUAUCAUUAGACUUUCCAUGCGGCUUUUGCGGUAAAUCAAGCGCAGGCGGUAAAUGCACAAUUGCGAUCCAGAGUGGAAAGGCUCAGUCAACUUGCUCGAAAGCUUACAAGUUCAUGAUCCAUGCCGCUGCGAAGAUGUCUGCAAAGAAGGCGUGUACCAAUGUCCCCAUACGAUGUGAAUUCUGUGUUGAGGUUCAUUGGAAGUACAACUACCAUCGGCAUCUUCAAGAACGGCACAAGAGUUGGAACCAGCGGGGUGAUGUCAGGGCAUUCAGCGCGAAGAUAGAGAUAACGGCAGAGGAGGAACAGAGACUUCACGUUCCACAGGACAAUGUUGGUUGCAACUCGACUCUGGAUGCAGCCAUUUACGAUGCACGCCGCAUGGGCUGCACUCCUUCAAUUCGGGAUCCUCACAAUGAUUCUCCUCGACGACCUCGCCACUAUCAGCAAACAUCGCCUAGUCCGCCUCUUGCACCACCCACGUUUAUUGACAAUCAGACUGCAUAUUAUAAUUCACCCAUUGACCAAGCUUCAAAUCUGACAUGGCUUCUACGAGUCAUGCUCCUUCACUUACAUACAAUACUUCAAGAACUGGAGGAGUUUUUUUCUUGGAACCCCCCCCCUCUAGUUGCUAACCCUGACAAAAGACAAUCCACGAAGACUCGUGAAGGGACGUUUUACGAAAAACACUUCUCUGAUGAAGCAAUCCUCAAGCGGGUGGUACACCUUCCAUCUCUAUCACAGGUGCUAGCGGGAACUGUAGAUCCAGUGCUUGAACUUGUGAAAGAUGCCCUUCCACCUCCCGCCGAAGGUUUUCCUACAGCCGCGUUUAGAAAUAUCAUCUUACGGCUCCAAACCACUGAGGUAGACAACGAAAAUGGAGUUGCUGUCUUUUUGCAAGGAACGACUGAAACCUUCUGCUCAUGUGUGGCUUCAACACUACUCCUACAUCCUAACGCUGUACCAGGAUGGCAAACCCUCAUCACGUUCACCUCGGACGUUUCUUCCCAAGGUUAUGCAAUCAUGGAUGGCGAACAUUCUUUCCGGAGAUCAUCAACCUUUUCAACGGUUGAACAAGACAUGAAUGCAAUAUUAGAGAAGAUGGACGGCGCCACCCGCGAGUUUGUUCAAAAGAUGCGGGCAGAUAAAAAGCCAUUGUCAUCUUAUGAGUUGAAGAAUCUGGCUGUAGCGCCUAAAAAAGUGAUGGACGAUAUUGCCAAAACGACGGAUCCUUUUCCUUGGGAGCUUUGCGAAUCCAACCCGUGCACAGAUGCUAGUCACAAGGCAGAAAGGGAUCAAGCUGCAAAGAUUGUUGUCGGACGUGAUGCGGUAGAUCCCCCGUGGAAUCUCCAUGCUUCACAAAUUGACCAUUCAAGGAUGACACGAUCAACUACGAAGGCAGGCGGCGCACCACCCCUAGCCAUGGCUCCUGCGAUGGAGCAGGGUGAAGUUGGUGGGCACACAGGUGCAGGUCCCUCCAGAUUGCCCCCACCGGCGACGCAUCCAUCAGAACCUGCUCGACAAGGUACCGCAUCUACAAUCAUGGGCCCUCCGAUGGUGCCACCUCAUCGCCGUGAAAAACUUGAACGCGACGAAAAAUUCAAGACUCCACAAAUUUACCAUACAGAAACUAUACGAACAACCCGAUCAGCCACGAAGGCAGGUCAUGCACCACCCCUAGUGGGGGCUCUUCUUGAGAAACCUCGUCGUAUGGAGCAUAUUCGCAUGGGUCCCCCACCACCUUUGCCAAAUCCAUCGGAACCUGGAGCCUCCGCCGCGCAACAAACUACCCCAGUUGCAAUGGCAGGUCCCUCAGCAUUUGCACCAUCAAGUGACCCGAACCGUGGCGCAAAACGAAAAAGACCUGAUAGUGGGGAUUUCUCCACGGAACCCACAAUCGCACGUUUCUCAACUGAAGAGCGCGCUCCCAUGAAGGACAAGGGCAAAAAGCGACAAAAAUUUGAUGACAGUGACUACGAGGAUCCCAGCCAUGUGACCUACAAGGCUCCCAGAACCAAGGACACAAGGGCACACUCCUUUAUCCAGCAGGCUUGGGCACAAGCUACAAGAGUUAACACAUCGGUUGUUGUGCUCCACUCCGGUAACCAUGAAGUUAUCGGCAUCCGUCACCGAAGUUCGCAGACGCUUUACGUAUCCGAUGUUAUUGUACCCCAUGAUUGUCAUGAUCCUGGAUACGGCAAAAUUCAUGUCGGCCUCAUCAUUGCUGCUGUCCAAGAUGCAAUGGAUCGCAUGAAACAGGAUGACAAAAGUGCCGACGAUAGCCAGGGUGGAGGUGGUAGUGGAGUAGGUGGUCCCGAAGCAGGCAGCCCUAGUGAAGGUGGCGGUGGGGCAGGCGGUCCUGGAGCAGGUGGCGGUCCUGGAGCAGGUGGCGGUCCUGGAGAAGGUGGUCCUGGAGCAGGUGGAGCAGGUGGUGGUCCCGGAGAAGGUGGUGGUCCAGGAGCAGGUGGUGGUCCCGGAGAAGGUGGUAGUCCCGAAGAAGGUGGCCCUGGGGCAGGCAGUUCUGGAGCAGGUGGCAUUGAACACAGCAGGCAUACAGCCGUUGGUGGCAAAGCUGCUGAAAGACUGGACAUGGAGCAAAUGUUAUACGUCUCCAGUCAGUGUGAUCUCAUACACCUCUAUCUCCAGUUUGGAGUGUAUGACUCUCCCACCCCCGCGUCAUUCAUCCGCUCCUUGCCCUUGAAUAUUCCACCAAACAGUCUUCCAUUUUCGCCACGCCACUGCACCGACGGAGGUCAAUGUAUGACCAUUGUCGUCACUUCAGAAAUUGGGCAAGGUGCAACCGGCGAAGCCCUCCGUGGCACCCUCAAGCCAAAAAACAUGAAAGGAGCUGGCUCACUGGAUGUCGUCGUGAAGCUUGCGUUUGAGGACCAACAGCGGGAUUCCCUCAAGAGAGAAUAUGAACUCUAUCGUCUUCUGGAGUGCAAAGGGGUCCAUCGAGGCAUCACACCGACGAUUGGUUUCUUUGAUGACGUUGAAAAUUCUGCAUGUGCACUUGUCACGAUUUAUGCAGGUGUUCCAAUCUCUACACUGGAUCCAGGAUGUAUGCUGUCAACUUUUGACUAUGAUUCAGCUAUGUCAACACUGGAGUCCAUCCAUCACGCAGGUAUUAUCCAUGAUGAUAUUCGGCCGGAGAAUAUCCUCAUCAGUGACUCUGGAGUUACGAUCAUUGACUUUGGGCACGCAAGGCUAUGCGAUAGUGAAAAGGCUAAGGAUACAGAACGCGAAAUCUUUCGAUCUAUUCUUCAAAGCUCAGCAGGUGAGAAUCAGUAGAGAACAAUGUCGUGGUGUACUUCAGUAAUUUUGUUGUUCGUCAUGAGUUUAAAUUAUGAUUCAUUAUGCCCUCUGUUGCUAGUUGGCACAUUCCCCGGCUCGACGUUGACACCGUAACCGAGCUUUAUCACACCAGUCACCAUCGAUGUUCCUUCGUAUCGAAUAUUGGCACACAGACUGACUCAGUUAAGAAUGCUUUGACGUGCUGGGUCAUAACCAGAGGGGGCAACAGUUGUAAUGCCUCUUCUCGGGAACAUCAGCCUUCCAUUCUCUUGGGAACCCGUAUCUAAAUCUUGUUGCUGAAAGAUGUCACCAUCAUCUCAUUGUGCGCCCGCCUCCGACGCACGGAGUUUGGCGAGCAUUGCUUUUCAUUUCUCUUAACUGCCCUUUCGAUUACACGCUCAGACCUGGUGAUGAAGUCAUUGGCAGACUCGACGAAUUGCUCGGCGGAAGCCACGCAAUCUUGAACUGUUUUCAAGUCAUGCCAUGCCAUCGAUGGAAGCAUCAAAGGCCUCCUGAGCGGGCAAGCAGUUCCUGGGCAGGGUAUUUCCGUCCACAUGGCACCUUUCC